AUGGCCGCUGACGCCGUGGCUCGGCCAGCCACGCAGUCGUCAUUCCUCCGCACGCUCUACAUCCUCGCGGCGAUCCUGAACGCGUCGGGGGUCCCCUACGCGCUGACCAUCCUCCGGCGCACCAACGGCGCGUUGUCGCGCAAGGCGCAUCGGCUGGCUGGGUCGGGGCCUAGAAAUGGUCAGAUCAUCGCGCUGCGCUAUGCGUUUCACGAGCGAAGGAGCGUCGAGCGGGAUCGGGGCAUGGGUACGGCCGAGGCGAUCGAGCGGUGGGGAUGGCAUAAUUACGUGAGAACGUUGGUGCUUGUUCUUGGGACGGUCGUGGGGGCGGUGGCUGUUGCUUUGGAUGGGAAAUAG